AUGGGGAAUUUUUCUAGGAGGCAUGAAAUGCCGCAAAACCCCAUCCUUGAGCUUAAAGUUUUUGAUGUGUGGGCUAUAGAUUUCAUGGGCCCUUUCAUUUCUUCACAUGGGAACAAGUAUAUUUUGUUUGUCGUUGACUAUGUCUCUAAGUGGGCGGAGGUCGUAGCUUCUCCAACGAAUGAUUCUAAGGUGGUGGUUAAUCUUUUAAAGAAGGUGAUUUUCCCGAGAUUUGGUGUUCCAAGGGCCAUAAUUAGUAAUGGGGGAUAUGGAGUGUCUCAUAAGCGAGGGCUCACUUACCACCCUCAAACGAGUGGUCAAGCGGAGAUCACCAAUAGGGAGCUCAAAGUGAUCUUGGAGAAGACAGUUGCUAGAACAAGGAAAGAUUGGUCUUCUAAACUCAUUGACUCUCUAUGGGCGUAUAGGACCGCUUUCAAGACUCCGAUAGGGAACACUCCCUAUAAGAUUGUAUAUGGGAAAAAUUGCCACUUACCCGUAGAAAUGGAGCAUCGAACUCAUUGGGCGAUCAAGAAAAUCAAUUUUGACCUCCAUAGUGCGGGUGAGCAAAGACUUCAAGAGCUACACGAGUUAGAAGAGUUGAGGAUGAAUGCCUACGAUAGUGCAAGCAUGUACAACGCAAGGACUAAGGGUUGGCACGAUGCUCAAAUUGUUAAGAAAAUAUUUGUCUAA